UUCAGAAUUAGAAUUUGGUUGGACAAGACGACGAUGUUUUACCCUCUGGCUCCUACGAAAAACUUGUAAAUUUAUAAUUUCAAGGCAGUUGUUGUCAUUGUUACAACGUCUGUCUGUUUCGUCAUUUACAAGUAGAAUUGGAAUUUAGUACAACUUUGUAUAAACAGAGAGCAAAUUAUACAGCUGUACUCCAACCCGCAGCCCCUAUCUUUCUCAAAACGCGCAGCCUAUGUGGUCGCAGCUCAAACUCGUUAAAAUAAAAUCUUCCAAGUAGAAUUAAGUAAACUCCCCUCUCGUCGUCGUCGUCCUUGCCCAUGUCGUUGACCGGGCUAAAGCAGGGGCUCGCCAAGGCGCAGGGUGGCGCACCGGGAGGGCUGGUGCAGAAGGAUAGGCAAAGGCUCACCGUCGGUGCCAUCGACCCCAAAGAUGCGGCCAACGCCAACAACGGGGCGAAAGCAGGCGGGAGGCCGAGCAAUAACAGGGGGUUGGUGCAGUUUCUCAAGGCAAACGACACGAUAGCCUGUGCCAGUGUGUCGUCGUCACUGUAUUGAUUUUGAUUUUUUUUUUUUUGAAAGAACCAACCUGCACGAGGAUUAAUUCUUCCACACUACUAAUUUGAAUGUGAUGAAAUCAAUGCAAGACACGUGGAAGAUAGAAUUUCAGCUCUUGUGAGAAUAUUACAAUUUUCCAUGUUCUUUUGAAGAUGAAACUGAACCGAAACAAAAACAAAACAAAGGCGGUCCUCCACCGGCUCUUCCGUUUGUCUUUCUUCCGAGACGGUGCGCCGUCAAAAUUCCUUCGACGAGAAGCGGUUGACAAAAGAGGGCGACCUAUUCUGAGUAAAAACGCACCCACACCAGAGUUGUAAUGCAAAUCUGCAUGCCAAAAAUGUUCCUCAUGCGGAGCCCCAUGCGAAGCAUUUCCCCAUCGUGUUUUGGAGUUUGUGAUGCGCAAAGCAGCAUGAUAUGCUAGAUCCAUGAUGCUUCUGGAGCUAGCUAAACAGGAUUACACUAGCGGGCCAAAUUUGUCAUGCGAAACAACCAAAGCUGGUCGAUUUGUCUAGCAGAUUUCCCAUGUUGACUCUGGUGUGGGGAUGUUUUUACAUAGGAUACGACCCCACUUUUGACAUUGGCAAGCUCGCCGCGAUGGGCGUGGCCAUCGGGUGCAAGAAGGGAAUAUCAAAUGUAAAAAUGUCUGGGUCUGGAAGAAUGCAACUUGUGAUGCUGCAUUUGGAUUCCAGAAAAAUCUGUAUUGCCUGAGUACCAAAAGGAAUGUAAUUUUUGCUACGCGGAGAAGGCAUUUGUCAUGCGGAAUAGGCAUCAAGAAUCUCUCAAGAAAUCUGUGAUGCUAGGGCAUGCAUCACAGACAUCAGGGCUCAUGCAGAACGUGCAUGACAAGUGUCAGAAUCUUCCAGACCCAGACAUUUUUACAGUUGAUAGGGAAAGAAGCCGGAAUCGCCGAAUCAGGACUCGUAUGCCUUUGUGCACUGUCCAGACGACUUUACGCUUUACACGGUUUUUGACGGUAUAUUAAGGGUUGACCGUUGAUGUUUUAAUAUUUUGUGAUAAAGUACAUUCAUCUGGAGGUGCUUAUGCUUAAUUUGCUAAGCUAGCAAAGUUGAAGCAUGGAAGUUUUAAUCUAGUGAUUCAUCUCCUUCAGCAUGAGAAAUACCUACUUCAAGUCGUUGCACCUCAUACAGGUCACGGCGUGAACGGGCACGACGUGUCGAAUUUCUGCAAGGAGUACAUGAUAAAACUUUUCAUCUCCGACCCCAACCGCGACACGAACACGGAAAAAGCCUUCGCGGACACCUUCAGGAAAGCCCAGCAGAUAUCAACUGUAAAAAUGUCUGGGUCUGGAAGAAUGCAACUUGUCAUGCUAAACCUGAAUGAUGCAAAAAUCUGUGUUGCUAGAGUGCCAAAAGCUGUCCGCUUUUGACCAAGUUGAGAGGGAGUUUCUCAUGCAGGAGAGGCAUGAUAGAGACCUCAAAGAAUCUGUCAUGCUGGGUCUCGCAUUCCAGACCUUAUGGGUCAUGGAAAACCUGCAUCACAAAUCUUGCAUUCUUCCAGACCCAGACAUUUUUGCACUUGAUAGCAGAUGCUAGAAAACGAAAUGGCCUCGCAAAUCGACAGCAGAACUUCGGUAUGAACUGCAAAAGUAUCGUACUAGUAUAAAUUGCAUUUGGCGCGCGCGCGCGCGCGAUUUUGGUUUGUGAGGUACGAAGCGCUGCGCGACUAUUGUUUACGGUGGGACGGCUGACGGUCGUAGGUUUUCGGGACGCUGCUUCCGAGCACUGGGCGCGCGAAGACCGAAGCUGUGCGCGUAGCGCUGGUUUUAAACAGAAAGCGGGCGAACGCUAGGGCCGAUCGCAGUCGUGGCUGCUCUUUUCUGUAGUGACAGAUUUGGGGCCUUUGGUGCCCAUCACGGCGCGCGAUGAGGUGCUGCAGCACCAUCUAAAACGACGGCGCUGCGGCAUUGCAGGUACAGAUCCGAACCGGGGGUCAGAUCCUACCUGACCCCCCGGGUCGACUCAGUACCAUAGAGAUCAGGAGCGUACCUUUGGGUCAGGAACGCCCCCCCUACUUCUUCCCAGACCCGCAUUUUUUUUUGGCGCCGAGCAUAUCAAAUGCCCUGUUUGUUCUAGAAUAUUCAGGCCCCGGGGCGCUAUUGAACUGGUAGGUACAUUGUUGAACCGCGGGACCAGUUGAACUGAUACACAUUACAAAUUUCCUCAGCAUGAGAAAUAAAAUUUGUAAUGCACAUUCGCCUCGGGAACAAGAUUUGUCAUGCAAGACUUGCAUUUAUACGAGUGCGAUACUUUUACACAGGAUAUUCGGGGGCCACGGCCACGAUGAUCUACCGUCCCGCCGGGAAGAGGGAACUCCACGUGGCGUACUGUGGGGAUAGCAGGGCAUCGGUAUACAUAGAAGCAAUUUAUUUGUGUUGCUGUGUCUCGCAUGCCAAAGCGAUCUCUUGUACGGCUUUCACGCAUUACAAUCUUUUCGGAUGGUAUUCCGAGCUCUACCGUGUUUUGCAUGACAAACUAGCUUCCAGCACGACAAGAAAUUUGGCCCAUCGCAUUCAUGCAUUACAGAUCUUGUUGUCCUCCGAGUUUCGCAUCACAAAUCCAAAACAGAUCUGCUUCGCUACCGAGUCCACCACCGUCGUUCCGGGCACGUCCCAGAAGCCCAACGGCAGGAAGCAGCUGGGCGUGGAGCUCACCCGGGACCACAAACCGGAGCUUCCCGAGUAUCAAGAAGAAACAUCCCCCCUCCCCAUAUCAAAACGGAGAUCUGUGAUGCAGAUUUGCAGUCACAAAUCAGCUCUGUCAUGCUAGAAGGGAAAAGAUGCGGACUGUCGUGCUGGGUGGCGUGGGGAAGCCUUGCAUCUUCAGGAUGACAGGAAGCAGCUGGAAGUGGGAAACAGCAUGACAAAUUGCCUGCAAACGAGGCCACAACUGCGGCUCUUGGCCUUCUAGCAUUACCAGGCGAUUUGUGUACUCAAAUACAGCAUCACAAAUUUCGUUUUCGAUAUGGGGUGAGGGGAUUUUCCCUUUUGAUACCGAGGAGAAAAGGAGGAUUGAAUCCUCCGGCGGCGUCGUGCUCUUCGACGGGUACUACAACCACCGGGUUUUCAAGCGCGGUACGGUGUACCCGGGGUUAAACAUGUCCCGGGCGAUGGGGGACGUGAUUGGGAACCGCGAGGCGGGGAUCGUGGAGACGCCGGACUACAAAAUCUUCGAGCUGACCUAUUACAAUGAAAAAUGCCCCCUCCCCAUAUCAAAACGGAAAUCUGUGAUGCAGAUUUGUGGUCACAAAUCAGCUUUGUGAUGCUAGAAGGCACAAGAUGCGCACUGUAGUGCUGCCUAGCGUGGGAGUAAACCUAUGCGUCUCCAGCAUGACAGGAGACAACUAGACGAGUGCGAAACAGCAUGACAGAUUACCUGCAAUUUAGACCGCAGCUUCGUUUCUUGGCCUUCUAGCAAUACAAGUCGACUUGUGUACUCAAAUACAGCAUCACAAAUUCGCGCAUCUUCCGUUUCCGAUAUGGGGUGGGGGCUUUUUUCACUUUGAUAUGACCGACGAAGUGAUCGCCUUUCUCGUGUGCUCCGACGGCGUGUGGGAGUUCAUCGACUGCCACGAGGCAGCCACGAUUGUGCACAAGCACAAGGACAAAGAGACGGGGAAAAUCAACUGCGAGAAGGCGGCCGAGGAGCUGUGCCGAGAAAGCUACCAGAGGUGGAUGGACGACACUGGUGGGGAAAUUUCGGACGACAUCACCGCGAUGAUUCAAGUUCUAUAAGCUACGUUUUUAUGCUAUGUGUUUCAUCGUGGUAUAAUAAGUAGUUGGAGAAGUAGUAGAAGUAGAAGUAGUACCCCAUGUAGUAGUAUCCUACAUCGCUGAUC